UUCAAAUAACCAAAACUUCAACUGUUUGACGUUUUAUAGGGUCAGAUUUGCAUUAUUAUUCGUUCAAGUGUGUUCAAUUUUGAGCUUUUCUCUUGUCCUUUCUUAACCAUUUUUGUUGGCAUUUCUCUAAUCCUCUUGUCUACUUCUCUACUUUUUUUUUCAUUUAUACAAGGUUUCAAAGAUUCAUGGAGGAAAUCGUUAUUCCUCCGCAUUUUCUUUGCCCAAUUUCAUUAGAAAUCAUGAGAGAUCCGGUCACGAUCUCAACCGGUAUAACGUACGAUCGAGAAAGCAUAGAGCAGUGGUGGUUCACAUCGAAGAACAACACUUGCCCCGUAAGCAAAAAGUCAUUGUCCGACGUUGACGCAGAUCUCACGCCCAACCACACUCUCCGCCGCAUAAUCCAAGCUUGGUGCACUCUCAACUCUUCGCAUGGCGUCGAGCGUAUACCAACUCCUAAAUCCGCGCUCGACAAAUCCCAGGUGGUGAAGCUCAUCGAACAAGCCAAGAAAGUCCCUUACACCAAUCUCCAUUGCCUCCAAAGGCUCAGAUCCAUCGCCAUUCAAGGCGAGAGGAACAAGAACUAUUUGGAGGCAGCAGGAGCAAUCGAAUACGUGGCCUCCAUCAUCAACAAAAGUCACUCCGAUUCAUCUACAGUCGAAGCCGCUAUUGAAGUCCUUUUUCAUUUCAAAAGCUCGGAAUCUCGUCUCAAAGAUCUCAUGAGCAAUGACAGCAACAAUAAUAACAUCACGGAGUCUCUGGUCAGAGUAUUGGAUUGCGGGAAUUCCCAAUCUCGAGCUCAUGCAAUAAUUUUAUUGAAGUCAUUUUUCGAAGUGGCAGAUCCGAUCCAGUUGAUAAAUGUGGACGUUGAGUCAUUCCGCCAGAUAGUGCAUGUGCUAAAUGGUCGGAUUUCACAACCAGCGUCAAAGGCGGCAUUGAAGCUUCUUGUGGAGCUUUGUCCGUGGGGAAGGAACCGAAUCAAAGCUGUCGAAGGCAGUGCAGUUUCGGUGCUCACGGAGGCUCUUCUGGGGACGCAAGAGAAAAGAGCGUGUGAGCUAAUACUGAUCAUUUUAGAACAGCUUUGUAGAUGUGCGGAAGGGCGAGCUGAGCUUUUGAAGCAUGGGGCGGGGCUAGCUAUUGUAUCGAAGAAAAUCCUUAGGGUUUCACAUGUGGCAAGUGAUCGAGCGGUGAGAAUAUUGUCCUCCAUUUGUAGAUUUUCCGCAACUUGUGCUGUUCUUCAGGAAAUGUUGCGAGUGGGUGCUGUGGCCAAAUUGUGUUUGGUGCUUCAAGUGGAUUGUAGGUUUAAAACAAAGGAGAAGGCUAGGGAGAUUCUUAAGUUGCACUCUAGAGUUUGGAAGAAUUCUUCAUGUAUUCCUGACCAUUUGUUGCCUUUUUUUCCGGAUCAGGAUCCUCUUCUGAGCUUAGGAGGUUGAGCCUCCUAAGGAAAUCCAUCUGACCGUUGAAAUUUAAUUUAAUGGUUACAAUUAUUAUAACUUUUAGAGAGACCUCUUGUUUGUAGCCGUUUGAUCAAAUUUCAACAGUCCGUUGGGUUUGCUUUAUUAUAACUUUUAGAAGGACCCCAUCUUUGUAGCCGUUUGAUCAAAUUUCAACAGUCCAUUAGAUUUGCUAAUGAGAUUCAGCUUCCUAAACUCA